AUGAGCGUCAGAACAGGGCCACCGCCAUCUGCGUCUGAAGGCCCACCGGGGUCAUCUGCGGGUGGACUCGAUCGCUCACCAGUCCAAGGAAUAAAACAAGCACAUACUGACAUGGUUGCAUGGCUUUAUAAGUCACAUGGUGCAGCUGCUGACGAACAACUAAAAAAGGUUGACGCAGCUGGAGUGAAGAGAGAACAUAUCGCAUACGGCUUCAUUGGGCUGACGAGCUUGUAUCUACUGAGUGGAGAAGAGGCAAUGUUUGUCUCUAAUCUGAUCACCUUUCUGUAUCCAGCCGCAGUUAGCGUCGACGUCAUUCGUUCCAAAAAAUCAGGUGAAGCCAUUGGUCAGCUGCAGUACUGGGUACCGUUUGGCUUCUUUGCAUUGCUGGACUCCACUUCUUUUAGUUUGAUUCCCGCUUACUUCCUCUUAAGGACUGCGUUCCUAAUUUUCCUGUUCCUCCCUCAAACUCAAGGAGCCCAACUGAUCUUUAAUAAAGUAAUCGAGCCAAUAGCGAAAGCUGUCGACGGGUUCACAAAGAAGAAGGCCUAA